CUUCCUUGUCGAUCCCACAAUUGGCCGGCGGGGUUGUUUGUUUGUGUUGUUGCCUUUCUGUUCCCUUCAGCAGCACAACAAUCCUCUUGUGUAUUGUUGUUAUUUCCUCAUGAUAAAAGACUGCCGCUACGCGCUUGUUGGAAUUUAGUAUAUUUAUCUUUCCGUGCCUUUUCUGGUGGCUACUAGUUGCCUGUUGUCGGUCAUAUCCGCCUGAGCUUGUCUCUUAAAGAUAUCUUGAGUCAAAAGCCAGUGCAUUAGUUCGCCAAUUUAUCUAUGCGCCCGCAUCUGAGGCGAGGCCAGUCGAAUUGAAGAGAUCAACAACAAGUGGGAAAAGGCUAUUUUAUUACACUUACAUCAGAUAGAAGAACCAUGUCAUCCCCUGUGCAUUCAGAUGGCUCGGUGUUGAGGCGGUCGUCCAGGAAGAGACGAAACUCAUCGAUAUCCUGUUCAGACAGUCAUACUUCGAAUUCGGCGGAAUUACCCAGUAACAUGUCAAUUCAAGAGAAAAGAAAGUCGGGAGU